AUGGCAUCCAACCGAGCAAUGUCUCUUCUCUCAGCGGUGCGCUGGGCACAGCCAGCCCGCAUGCCACGUACUAGUAGGAGCAUGCCGUCAGUCUUCAUGCAGCGAACUCACCGAGCAUUCUCGACGACCACUGAGGAUGCUCCUCCACCCUUCUUGCAGAAGCUCAAGGGAGACCUCAAGGCCGCCAUGCGAGCCAAGGACGCUCCACGGCUAUCCGUGUUGCGAUCAAUCAUGUCUGCCAACCUCAACGCCUCCAAGACCUCCAGCCCGAUUCGGACCGAUGUGCAGCUCGUUGCCCUAAUGCGACGCAUUCAGAAGAGUGCCCAAGAUGCCGCGGCUGAUGCCAAGACCGCAGGCCGCGAGGAUCUCGUCGAGAAGGAGAACGUACAGAUCCGUAUUCUGGAUGAGUACCUGGCCGGCAGUGGUGUUCAAACUCUGGGAGAAGCCGAGCUAAAGGCCUUGAUACAGGAAGCAGUUGACGCUUCCAAGAGCGCAGGGACGGCUACAAAGUCCCUCAUUGGCGACGUGAUGAAGCGCUUGUCUGGUGCUUUGGAGGGCAAGGAUGUGGACAAGAAAGUUGUUGCCAAUAUGGUCAAAGAGUUGGCGAGCCAGUAG